AUGUUCCGCCUUUUCGCCAUUGCUCUUCUCCUUGCUGCGGCUAACGCCUUUGCUCCGUCCCUUCCUGCCUUCAAGACCAGCGCUCCCGCUGUCUCGUCUUCGGCUCGCUUUAUUAUCCUCAGUGAUUCCGAGACCGACGCCAUCCUCAAGGUGGCUUCCGAAUGCGCCGAGGGAGAAUGCUCCAUCGAUGAAGUGGCUGGAUUGGUCGGCGACCUCAAGGAACAACAACAAAUUUUGGAACGUCGCAUGUCCAAGAUUAUGACCAUGAUUGCACACCUCGAACACGUCAACGAAAAGGAAGACCGCCAGACAGACGAAGUUCGUCAAUUUGUCAAGGAUAUGCUUCGUGUCUUUGCUCAUGAGAAAGCCACCAUCCCCGCUACUGGAUUCAGCGGUGAAAUUGGAGAUGGUCCCACCACUGCAUACGAUGCCCUCCCACCCAAGAAGUGGAAGGCAUCUCCUUAA